AUGGUACUGCGCAGGCGGAAUGUAGGGGAUGGGGGAUCUCCUAGAGGCCCUCCUGAGGAAGGCCUCGAUCCACCGACGCGCCAGGGCACUGCCGAUGCGGUGUUUGAACCCCCUGAGGUUGACGAGGCUGUGAUCGACAGGCGAAGAAGUGCCUCCAGGCUCAUCAUCGUUUCCUGUUACACUGCGACGCUGUCUCUGCUCUUCUUGGCCUGCGCGAUCGGUGGCUGCUUCCUUGGAAUAUAUAUUUCAACGCCCCAGCUGAAGCCCAUCGACGCAGACGUCGACGCCACAAGCACACUGCUGGACCCUUCGAACUCCGUAUUUCGCUACAGACAAAAGUUCGGCACGCCUACAAAUAAUCCCUGGAUCUACUUCGCGGAACCAGACACCGAGCUCGAAGUAUGCGCCAGCGAAGGCCGUGACGGAACGAACGUGCAGUUUGAGCUGCCAUGGCGCGUGGGCUUGAGUAUCCCCCGUUCGGAGACUGCCCUGCUGCAGCAAGCUAAGCCGCUGAUCGAUGACUGCCUUGCCUACAAGUCCGUACUGCUAGGGGUAGAGAUAACGGAGGCCUAUACUGGAUCCUUCCUAGGGGAAGAAAAAAUGAGUGGUCCAAUCCACGUCAUUCAGGCAGUGGGGUGUACGGUCAGUGACGACGCCAACAUGGCUGGGGUUUUGUAUGCACCAAGCCACGACGAGUCCCCGUGCAACGGCACGAAUGUGCAUGAUGGUGUCGCCAGAGUCAUGCCCAAGAGGAGAUUAGGCCUCGUCCCUGUCCCUUCCCUGCCCUCCAUUCUGGUUACCUUAAUAGCCUCUCGGAAGGCCUACUGCCAAUCUUCGCUUACGACUACUGCGCCGGUAGAAAUUCCGACUCAACGCCAAAGUGACCACUCUGUAUCCUUAAAUGCGCAUUUAUUCGUAUUUUCGCGUUUCACCUGGGAUGCGUUUCGUAGACACACGAAGAAACACAUGCCCGCGCCCUCCCCGAGCAGGGGGGGGCUGGCGGGUGGACGGAAAGUAGAGCGAGGAGAGGAGGAAGGAGCGCCAGAAGUUGGAAACAUUAUUACUUAG